AGAGACCCAGAGAGCUCCCCCUGGUAUGCCCCUUUCCUACAGUUGCCAACUUUUUAUUGGCACCUCCUCCCACUGCAAACUUGCAAGUCGUCUUCUGUUUUCCAGGCACACCUGACCUUGGCCAUGACGGACACGGCAGUCGGCAGCAGCACCGGUCAGUGGGGAUAUCAGAACGAUCGGCCAAUGGCUCUUCAGAGCAGAGCUCCUGACAGUCACUCGGCCCACGGAAAGCAGCCGGAACAUGGACGGAAGGGCGAAGAGCUGACUGACGAGGAGAAGGAGAUCAUCAACCGUGUCAUCGCGAGAGCCGAGAAGAUGGAGGAGAUGGAGCAGGAGCGGAUCAGGCGUCUCAUGAACCGUCUGGAGGACAUGCGCCGCAACAUGGCGGGCGAUGGAGUGAACCGCUGCAUCUUGUGCGGAGAACAGCUGGGUCACCUGGGCUCCGCCUGUGUGGUGUGUGAAGACUGCAAAAAGAAUGUUUGCACCAAAUGCGGCAUCCAGACCACCAACAACCGCCCCCACUCCAUCUGGCUGUGCAAGGUGUGCAUCGAGCAGAGAGAGGUGUGGAAGCGCUCCGGUGCCUGGUUCUUCAAGGGCUUGCCCAAGCAAACGCUCCCCCAGCCGAUGCCCAUCAGCAAGGAAAGGCCCCAGCCGGACUCUGGCAGACCGGCUGCGCUCGCGCAGGAGCCAGCACCGUCCUCUCGCCAGCAGACCCCCGACCCAGCUGCAGCUGCUCCGUCUGCUGAACGAGAGCUUUGCGGUGCUGAGCCGGGAACAUCAGCUUCCAACCGGGGAAACUUCCCUCCACUUCACCGCAAAGCUUCCGAGGCCAGGGUGGCCCCGAGUGGCAGCGAAUACCCCAGAGAGGCCCGGCCAAGCCAGAAUCAUCCUGCUGAAAGUGACGUCGGCCGAAGGCCUGGAGGGGUCAAGCGAGCCAAUUUGAUCCAAGCGGCUGGUGCAAGAAACCCUGCUCUGCCUCCUCACCAGAGUCCCUCUGCCCAGGGGGCAGGACAAGGCUCGCUUUCUGGGGGCCCCUCCCAGGUGGACCCCGGCUUCUCUGUUCCAGCUGGAGCACCCAGGGAUGAGAGGGCUGGUUCCGGGUACUCCACAGCCAUGGCAGGAGCAGAACGGCUCCCACGGCAGGCAGCUCCCUACGGCCAAGCCGUGGCUCCACCUGCUGCCCCCGUGCCCGCCCGCCCACCUCCUCCAGAGGAGGAAGAGGAGGAGGCCAACAGCUACGAUUCGGAUGAGACAACCACCCUGGGGGCGUUAGAUUUCAGCCUCUUGUAUGACCAGGAGAACAGCUCUUUGCAGUGCGCCAUCAUUAAGGCCAAGGGCUUGAAGCCAAUGGACUCCAACGGGCUGGCGGACCCCUACGUGAAGCUGCAUCUGUUGCCGGGGGCCAGUAAGUCGAACAAGCUGAGGACCAAGACGCUGAGGAACACACGGAACCCCGUAUGGAAUGAAACCCUGGUGUAUCAUGGCAUCACCGAUGAGGACAUGCAGAGGAAGACCUUACGGAUCUCUGUGUGCGAUGAAGACAAAUUUGGCCACAACGAGUUCAUUGGGGAGACGAGGGUGGCCCUGAAGAAGCUGAAAGCCAGCCAGAAGAAGAACUUCAACAUUUGCCUAGAAAGAGUCAUCCCAAUGAAGCGUGCAGGAACCACCGGCUCCUCACGAGGAAUGGCGUUAUACGAAGACGAAAUGGACCAAGGAGGAGAGGUGGAGGAACGAGGGAAGAUCCUGGUCUCGCUCAUGUACAGCACUCAGAAGGGGGGCCUGAUCGUCGGCAUCGUGCGCUGCGUCCACUUAGCGGCCAUGGACGCCAAUGGCUACUCGGACCCCUUUGUCAAAAUUUUCUUGAAACCCGACAUGGGGAAAAAGGCCAAGCAGAAGACACAGAUUAAGAAGAAGACACUGAACCCGGAAUUUAAUGAGGAAUUUUUCUAUGAUAUUAAACACAGUGACCUGGCCAAGAAGUCUCUGGAUAUAUCUGUCUGGGAUUACGACAUUGGGAAAUCCAAUGAUUACAUUGGCAGUUGCCAGCUGGGCAUCACCGCCAAAGGCGAACGCUUGAAACAUUGGUACGAGUGUCUCAAAAACAAGGACAAGAAGAUUGAACGUUGGCACGCCUUACAGAACGAGAACCACGUGGCCAGUGAUUAAGGGGGCUGCACCCCUCCUCCUCCUCCCCCUCCCGCCACCCGCCACCCCGUUGAUCUCCAGCACAUCUCGUCUUCCAACCCACCCGUGCCCCUCUGGCUCCUUGGAAACCCUGUGCACGGUUCCCUCCCCCGCAGGAGCAGCGCUCUUCCCCCGCCCCCCUCUUAGCCCAGGGUCAU